AUGAUGGCAUGGCAUCGUUUACACUGGUGUCUUCGAAUGUUAAAAUCAAAAACAGGUCGAAUGGUAAUUAUGCUUAUAUUAACUGUUGGCAUAGCAAUAACUGAAGUAAUAUAUGGAAUUCGUGUUCGAUCCCAAUUGCUUAUUGCCGAUGGACUUUUUUCAUUUGCUGAAGGCAUUGCAUUAGUUGGCUCAUUAAUUGCAUUACGUUAUGCUAAAGCUGAACGUCUACACUCGAAAAAUACUUUUGGAUGGGCACGAUUAGAAAUACUUGCUGGUCUAUUACAAGAAGUUCUACUUGUAUCACUAUCACUUUCUAUUAUAGUCGAUGCUGUUAAUAAAUUAAUUAAUCCAAAUCAUAUCAAAGAUGCAGUAGUCAUGAUUCGUUUAGGUUCAGUUGGCGUAUUCAUCGGUUUAUUGGGACUAGUUUUAUUUCGUGGUUUCGAUCAUGAUCAUAACAUAGGACAUGAAAUCGUUAAACAAAAGAAAAACGAUUUUGUUCGUAGUGUUUAUACAACUUUACGUAGCCUUGAUGCGAGUAAUGAAACUACACAAGAUCCAUUCAUGCGACAAACAAGUGUAUCAAAUUCACAACCUAUUGUUAUUCCUGAAUUAAUUGUUACCGAAUCACCAUCAAAUAUCUAUAAUAACAACAAUAAUAAUAAUAAUAUCGAACAAAAAAUUCAACCAAAACCAAAUUUAAUUCUGUCAUCGUUAAAUGAUACCUAUCAAAAUGCAUUUAUUGCUUCCGACAUAGCUUCUUCAUUUACAGAAGAGCAUAUUACUGAUGCUGGUGAGAAACAAUUGCGUGUACCUGGCCGUGUAUCUGUUGAAUUUAAACGAACGAGAAGUAGAAGCGGUGACUCGAUAAUAUCAUCAACAUCUUUUCUUGAUCAUGAUGAUUUAGUUCUUGAAGAUGAAUUUCAAAAAUCACGUGUCUUUGCAACUUUACAUGCUCUUUGUUUACAUUCAUUGGCAGUUCUUCUUGAAUCCUCAAUCGUAUUAUUAUCUGGCCUAUUAAUUAAAUUUAUUCCACAAGAAGAUAAAAGCGGUAAAAACAUUAAUCUAUGGUUACAAUACAUUGAUCCAUCAUUAACAUUAGUUAUGGUAGUUAUCAUUGGUAUUAAAGCUAUACCUGUCAUUUGGUCUCUGGGCCAUAUUCUUGUUGAAGCUGUACCAUCGGGUAUAGACACUGGACAAUUAAUUCAAACAAUAAUGAAAACAAUACCACAAAUACGCGCUGUACAUAGUGUUCAUGUUUGGAGAGCAACAGCUCGAGAUGUCUUUGCAACACUACAUGUUGUAUGCGAUGAAGAUCUACUAUUAAGUACAUGUACAGAUUUAUUUGGACGUCAAUUACAACGAAUACUUGCAACACAUUGCAUACGUCAUUUUACUGUACAAUUUGAAUAUAGUGAAACCGGUGGAAACAUAAACAAAUGUGCAUAUGGUACUCGGCGAAGAAAUCGUGGUCAUCAAUCGACAUCAGAAGAUAAUGAUAAUGUGACGAAUCAAUCACAGAUUGAUUGA